UCUAACCAAUGUCAUUCUAAUACGCAUCCAUUGCUUCCUCAUCACUUGAAUCAAAUAAAAGUCAAAGAGAGUGCAUAAGUGUGAGAUCUAGAAACAAAAAUGGAGGUGCCUACAAUAUUCUGGGUCGUCAUGACGGCGAUAGCUGCUGUGAUUCCGAUAUGGGCUUGGCAUAUGCUGAACAAGCUGUGGCUGAGGCCCAAGAGGUUAGAAAAGCUUCUCAUUGCUCAAGGUCUUCGAGGAGAUCCAUACAAGCUGCUUUCAGGUGACAACUCCAAGCAGAUGUACAUGCUCAAGAUGCAACAAGAAGCCAAAUCAAAAUCCACCGGUCUCUCCAAAGAUGAUGCUGCACCACGCAUCUUCUCUCCGAUUCAUGAAACAAUCAACCAAUAUGGAAAGAAUUCAUUUUUUUGGGAUGGCACAAAAUUACACGUGGUCAUCACGGAUCCAGUGGAAAUCAAAGAAGUGCUUAGCAAGAUGAAUGACUUCCCAAAACAAAAGCUAAAUAAUCCAAUUGCUAAGUAUUUUAUGACCGGUCUAGCAAGUUAUGAGGGUGAGAAAUGGGCUAAACAUCGAAAGAUUAUCAACCCAGCAUUCCACUUAGAAAAUAUGAAAGGUAUGCUGCCAGCAUUUGUUGAAAGCUGUCAUGAUAUGAUUAGCAAAUGGAAAGGAAUCAUGUUUAAUUCAUCAUUAGAUGGAACGUGUGAGAUUGAUGUUUGGCCUUCCCUUCAGGAUUUGAGUCGUGAUGCAAUUUCUAAAACAGCAUUUGGAAGCAGCUACGCAGAAGGAACAAAGAUUUUUGAACUUCUGAAGAGGCUAGGGUAUCUGAUUUUAACUACACAACGUUAUACCAAUAUUCCAAUAUGGUGGCUUCUACCAACAACCACCAAUAAGACGAUAAAGAAAAUUAAAAGGGAUAUGCAUAAUUCACUUGAGGGUAUCAUUGAAAAACGAAAGAAGGCAUGGAAGAAUGGUGAAACCACCAAAGACGAUUUACUAGGCACACUUUUGCAAGCAAGCAACAUUGAAACCCAAGGUCAGGAAAACAUGAAGAAGACUAAUGGAAUGACCACAAAAGAAGUAAUUGAGGAAUGCCGGCUUUUCUACCUAGCGGGGCAAGAGACCGUUGCCGAUUUGCUAGUUUGGACAAUGGUAUUAUUGGCUAAGUAUCCUGAAUGGCAAGAAAGAGCAAGAGAGGAAGUUUUGCAAGUUUUUGGGAACCAAAUUCCAAACUUUGAAGGGUUAACUCGCCUUAAAGUUGUAACAAUGGUAUUAAAUGAGGUUCUCAGGUUAUACCCACCUGCAACUAACAUCAAUCGAGCUCUUGAAAAGGAUAUCAAACUUGGAAACAUUUCCUUGCCCGCAGGAGUACAUAUUUCUAUUCCAUUACUUUUAGUUCACCAUGAUCAUGACAUUUGGGGUGAUGAUGCGAAGGAGUUCAAUCCUGAGAGAUUCUCUGAAGGAAUUGCAAAGGCAACCAAAGGCAAGGUUUGUUAUUUCCCAUUUGGAUGGGGUCCUAGAAUAUGCAUUGGGCAAAACUUUGUGAUUUUGGAAGCCAAGAUAGUGUUCUCAAUGCUUCUGCAAAAUUUCUCAUUUGAGCUUUCUCCCACUUAUGCACAUGUUCCUACCACUUUGCUUACUCUGCAGCCAAAACACGGGGCACCCAUCAUCUUGCAUAGACUAUAUUGAGUAGAUGGCUUUGAGACUAUUUUGCACUACACUAUGCUUGUCAAAUUUGUAAUUGUCUAUGCUGAUAUGUAAUGGGAUUGAUACCUCUUGUACCCUUGAAUAAAUGCUUUUUUAAUUUGCUGAAAUAAAAAAGAAGUUGCUAUA